CUAAGGCGCUGCCUUACAAGGAUAAUUUGGUUGUUUUGCGAGGCAAAACCGUAUUUAAAGCGUUUUAUCGCUGUCUAUCAAGAUGAACUCAGAGGGAUCAACACUGAGCGCGUUUGACAUAAUUGCAGAGGAAAAUUGCCCCACGGCGCCGCCGGGGAAACAAGGGAGUGAUGCUCCAACAGGCAAAACUCCCAAUGCUGGUACAAGGAGAGAAAAACAACCAGCCUUAAAAGUCUCUAAGGUCAAAAAGGCUUCAAAGUCAGCAGAGAGCAUAACAUCAAACACGACGAUCAACGAGGAGUCAUCCAAAACGUCAAAAGGAUUUGACGAACUCAGCCACAAAAUUGACCAACUCACGGCAGUUGUAGGUAAUUGCGCUCCCGUUAUUGCAGAACUAAAGGCGACUUAUGAUGCCGGCUUAAAUGAGGACUCGCCUGACGAUAGCGAGGACGAUAAUGGAGUCUUGGGGGAACCCCCGGCAAAAAAGAGUAGGUCAAGCUCAGACAAUGAAAAAUCCGUCGCGGACGGUUUAGUUGAUGUACUUGUUUAGGAAGUCACUGAAGAUGAACAAACUGGCAAAGCAUUAAACGAGAAAAUUGCACAGGUUCUUGAUAAUAUCUUAGCUUCAGGACAGAGCGAGCACGUGUUGACAAAACGCAAAGAGGAUAUGAAACGGCCCGAAAAUUGCAAACUGCUGCGGGUCACAAAGGUCAACACUGAAAUAUGGGAUAUUGCCCAGAAAACCACACGUAGUAUGGAUGCUAGAAUCCAGAAAUUGCAAGAAACCCUGAUUAAGGGUCUAACUCCACUUGCCUACCUAACAGGGAAGGUAGGUGAGACAGUGGAAAACCAGGCUCCACUGCCAGCCC